AUGCUGAAUUUUACAUCAACUAGAAGUAUUCUUCAACUUCUAGCAAUUUUAUUGAUUUGUUUAAUCAGCCCGAGUUAUCAAACUGUUUAUUCUUGCAACGCAUCCGCUGCAUGUGGUUGUUCGAAAAAUUCAGCCAUCUUAUCGCGAAUUGUCGGUGGAGAGGCAGCUAAUGCUUCAACAUGGGGAUGGGCAGUCUCGAUAUCCAUCGAUAAUAACUAUCUCUGUGGUGGAUCAAUCAUAUCUUCGUCAUGGAUUCUCACCGCAGCACAUUGUGUUAACGGAUAUGCAGCAUCAAAAGUUACCAUCUAUGCAGGUUCAACUCGCCGAUGGGUUGGUAGUCAAACGAGAAUAGUGUCACAAAUUAUUAUUCAUUCCAGUUAUGACACAGACACUUAUGAGAAUGAUAUUGCCUUACUGAAACUGGGAACUGCACUAACAAUGAGUGACACUGCUAUCAGUACUAUUUGUUUGCCAUCGGUGAGCUCGGCGACGCUUGCUGCUGGCGAAUGGCCUGCUGCCGGGACAACUGUAGUUGCUGUGGGAUGGGGAACAUUGAGUGAAGGUGGUGCACUACCAUCGACACUACAACAAGUUACUCUGCAAACCAUCAGCUACCAAGCGUCUAGCUGCAGUUCAUCGAUAACAGAUUCGCGCACACAAUUAUGUGCUGGAGUGUCAGGUGGUGGGAAAGAUACUUGUCAAGGAGACUCAGGUGGUCCACUGGUGAUGUUUAGUUCGAGUAAACAAUGGGUGUUGGUCGGUUUGACUAGUAACGGAAUCGGAUGUGCCCAAGCUAAUUAUGCAGGCAUUUACACACGUGUAGCUGCGUUUAUGAGCUGGAUCAAUACAAAUACGAAUGGCGCUAUAUCAACAUUGUCUUCUUUGGCAUCAACUACUGUAUCUACAUCAACUACUGGAUCUCCAGCAACCAGUAGUUCUACUACAACUAUUCGAUCUGCGACAACUACUAGUUCGAUAACAACUACCGGAUCUCCAGCAACCAGCAGUUCUACUACAACCAUUCGAUCUGCGACAACUACUAGUCCGAUAACAACUACUCGACCUACAACAAUCACUAGCUCGUCAACAACGAUUCGAUCGACAUCAACAACUACUCCAUCUACAAUAACCGCGGAAAGAAUCUCUACCACUGUGCCGGGAAUAACUAGUGGAGCAAGUUCAACAACUUAUCGUCGUCGUUCAAUUUUCUGGUUAUUUUGA